AAACGGGGGUGUGGUUUAGAUCAAUAGCUACCUCAGCCUACAAUAAAAUAAAGGAUACUGCAAAGCUCUCCGAGGGCAGAGAGGCGGUGUCGAUCAGAUCCGGAGCACAGGGUCGCUUCUGUGGAAUAUAUCUCGUUUUAUUCGCUUCAUUGAGAUAAUGAUAUUUUGUGGACGCCGAUUCUCCAGUCAAGGCUUGCAGACGCAUACAGUUGGUCGAGGAUGAGGAGAAGGAAGAUAAGUUCUCAUUGAACUGCCGUUUUAUUACAGUAUGGGAUAGAUGGUACAUUUCUGUGAAUGGUUAAGUGGUCUGAAUUUGGAAAAACUCAACCCUCGAUAGACCAAUGUGUAGAUUCCCUGCAGCGCGGUGUAUUUAGAUCUAACGUUACAGUCACUGACUUACAUAAGAUUGCUCUGUGUAAGGAAUUGAGCAAAGAAACCCCGCCGUUUAACGCAAGGUUUGGACCCAGAGCUGAGAACACAGAGGACAAAGGAUCUUCUUUUGAUAUAGGAAAUGUGUGUUUAUUUUUAUUGUUUAUCUGGAUGAAAUGUACAUUGAUGGAACAAACAGCAAACAUGUCCAGCUAGGACACUCCUAGCAAUGUUGACUGAAAGAUCAUUACCCCAAUAAUUAGGAUCUGCCAGUCAUUCCUGAGGCCCGCUGGGAUUAAUUUAACUCUACUGUUGGGAAAGGAGACUUCAGAGUUGUUUUUAUUGCUCUGAAAGCACUAAAUGAGUGACAUUACGUGUAUUGCAACUACAGAAAGAUGAACAACACUCUGCAAGACAGAAACAUGUUUACAGUACAAGCAGACGUUAUAUUUCACGCAGCAAACCCUGACUCUCCAGAAUCACCUAUCCCAGCUGAAGGGAACAACAACAAUGUCACAGCUAUGGGGAAAACAGGCAUCCCCAGCAUGGAAAUACUGCAUGGUCUCCCGGGUACAUGGGAUACAUCAGAAUCAGGAGGUUUAACUGACAAUAGGAUUUUGGGCAACUAUGGUGCUGUAACAGGUGCAGAAUACGCACAAGAUGCUGCCUCUAGUGACAGUGGAUUUCAAGAGCACAUACAGCCUCUGGACUCAUCUAGAGCACAAAAUCUGGACCUUAGUUUGAGAAAUAUGAGUGAAGCUUCAAGUCAAGGAAAUAUUAGAGAAGAAACGAAUGGAACAAAGGUAGCUUCCAGUUUGGCACCCUCUCUGUGCUUCAGACCAGAGAACAAGGAGGAAAUUGACAAAUUAGCCAAUGUCCCAAGAGACGGUGAGGUGGUUCAGAGUCAGUUUGAUAUUAAAAAUGUCUCCUCCACAUCAGAGGACAAAAAUAAUUCCUAUUCAAGCUCUCAAAAAUCGAGGUCACUUGAAAAAACCCUGGGAUGCUUUAUAAGUUCCUCUGAAGGAGCAGAUCAGACCCGUUACAGAACAUCAUUUGGACAGACUGGGCAGGAAUCGAGCCAAGGGCUAAAGCAAAAUGGAUCUGCAGUAAGAGAAGCUCUAUCUGCAAAAGAAGAGCCGAAUUUAGUCAUAGAGGUGGGCGGACAGAAAAUACAAGCACACAAAUCAGUAUUAGCUGAGAAAAGUGAUUAUUUUAAGGCCAGGCUUUCUCGAGACAUCCUGAAAGUAAAAGGAAUGAGCUACAAGACCUUGUCAGCGCUUGUAGAUUAUGUUUACUCUUCCCAGAUGAACGUAAGCAUGAAUAAAUGA